UUAAUGAAAGUUUCAUCAAGAGAAAUAGUGUUGAUUUUUGCUUUGCAAUUUUGUUUUUUUAGGGCAAAUUGUUAUUGCUCAUUCUAGUUGGUGUCGCAAGGUUGCAGGCAACCUCUGGGGAUCUCUCUCCAUUUUUGAAGGGUGCAAUAUAUUGCCCAUAGAGAUUUGAUUGGGGAAGAACAGUUGGAGAGUAGGCAGUCGCUCACUUUUCUGAUUGUCAGUUCCAACACGAUGAGACAAAAGGGAGGCUUCGAUUCAGAAUCUCUUGCAACCUUAUGGGUGUUGUGCACAGCUCUAGCUCUAGCUCUAACUCCAAUUGUUGGAUCAGUUUCAUCUCCAACGCACCAGUUCCGUGGAAUUUCUCCUCAAGAUGAGAUGUAUUACAAGUCGUCCGACAUGAUCAAAUGUAGAGACGGUUCGAAAAAAUUUUCCAAGGCUCAGCUUAACGAUAACUUCUGCGAUUGCCCUGAUGGCACUGAUGAACCUGGCACAUCUGCAUGCUCGAAUGGGAAGUUCUAUUGUCGAAAUGCAGGGCACGCUCCACUUUUGUUGUUUUCUUCAAGGGUGAACGACAAUAUUUGUGAUUGUUGUGAUGGAAGUGACGAAUAUGACAGCGAAGUCAAAUGUCCAAAUACGUGUUGGGAAGCUGGGAAAGUGGCAAGAGAUAAAUUGAAGAAAAAGAUUUCAACCUUUGAAGAGGGUGUUAAAAUUAGAAAACAAGAUGUUGAACAUGCAAAAAAUGCAAUAAUCAAAGAUGAGGCAGAGCUAUUGGAGUUGAAAAACGAGGAAAAAGUAUUAAAAGGGCUCGUUGAACAACUCAAAGAGCGCAAAGAGCAAAUCGAGAAGGUAGAAGAGGAGGAGCGAUUAUUGAAAGAAAAAGAAGCAAAGAAACAUUUGGAGAGAGAAAAAGAUGAGACUAGAAAAAUUGAGUCAACAGAAACAACUGAUAUUGGGGAAAGCAAAACUCACGAGGAAGACAAUUGGAAGAAAAAUGAAGCUACAGAAAAUUAUGACAAGGUGUAUAAACAAGGAGAAGGCAGCGAUGAUGAUAAAAUUGGUAACUGGGAUGACUCUGCUUCAGAUCAGCAGGCUAGGAUGGAAGAAGUUGAUUCAGAACUCGAAGCUCACCUUUCUAAUAAACCUGAAACAGAAGCAUCAUUGACGAAAGAGGUAGAAGAGGAUACAGCAGUAGAGAAGGACCCGCUGGCUAAAUCUGAAACUGGAGAAAGUGCUGGCACUAAAGAAUCAUCAGAAGAAGUCCUGAGAAAGAAUGAUGGUAGUCCAGAGUUGUCCAAGGAAGAGUUGGGCCGCCUUGUUGCUUCUCGUUGGACAGGAGAAAAUACUGAAGAACAGUCAAGAAACAAGGAUAGUAUGAACGAUAGUGAUGAAGAAAGUCAUGAUAUCUCAAAAGAAGCCUAUGAAAAUGACGGUUAUGCUUCAGAGACUGAUGAUGAUAACCAAAGAUACGAUGAUGACCAAGAUGGUGAUUUGGAUGAUGUUAGAGACGAAUUUCAUGAUGAUUCUACUUCAUCUGAGAGAUAUUAUUCAGAUACAGAAUUGGACUCAACAGAUGUGGAAACCCAAAGUAACCCCUCCUGGCUUGAGAAGAUACAAAAAACAGUUCGAAAUGUCCUCAAAGCUGUUAAUAUCUUCCAGGCUCCAGUGAACCAAUCAGAUGCUGCUAACGUGCGCAAGGAAUAUGAGGAGUCCAGUGCCAAGUUAUCGAAAAUUCAGUCAAGGAUCUCAAGUUUAUCACAAAAGCUAAAGAAUGAUUUUGGUCCAGAGAAGGAGUUCUAUUCAUUCUAUGAUCAAUGUUUUGAAAUCAAGGAGAACAAAUACGUUUACAAAAUCUGUCCUUACAAACAAGCUUCACAGGUCGAGGGGCAUUCAACAACUCGUUUGGGGCGCUGGGAUAAAUUUGAAGACUCGUAUAGGGUUAUGAUUUUUUCAAGUGGGGAUAAGUGCUGGAAUGGACCUGAUAGAAGCUUAAAGGUUAAGCUAAGAUGUGGGGUUAAAAAUGGCAUAACCGAUGUAGAUGAACCAAGCCGUUGCGAGUACGUGGCAUUGUUAUCAACCCCAGCUGUUUGUGUAGAGGAAAAGCUUCAGGAACUAAAAAACAAGUUGGACAUGCUGAGUAAAGAAGAGGCAGAGAAGCAUGAUGAACUUUGAACUUCAGAAUACAACGGGUGGGAAGAGUGCCCGGCUGUGUUGGAUUAUCGUUCUACUCUAGUGGCAGUUGGUGUUAUUUAAGAGACUGGAUGAAAUUAUUGAAGUAGUUUUUCUUGCAGGCUAGAGGAAUGGUUUUUCUCUAAAUCAGAAGGUGUAGUUCUAUUAUGGGUCGCGGGAGUGACACUUAAAACCUAAUCCCCAUUUUCGGACGUGGGAUCUGCCAGACUAGUUUAUGCAAUUGAUCUCGAUAACCCUAUCAGGCCAUCUUUGUGGACUAAUUUAUACUAAUAGACGGAAUGUCCAAAUUAUAAUGAGCGAAAUGGAUAUUUGUACUAGAUGAGCUAUAUAACAUUCAUUUGAAUUUCUUUCA